CGCAAGACCAAACACAAAAGCCAAUUAUGUAGACUAGCAAACAGGCGACACGCAGCUGAUUAGCCAUGUCAACGACGUCGCUGGCGUUCCGCUCUCCAGUCUCCCGUUCCGAAGCUGUGUCGCCCAACCCUGCACGCCCCGCGUUCGAUACGGAGCUACUGCGUGCAUACAUGAAGAAGCUGCUGCAGACGACGAUCCAGCACGCGGUCUGGACACACGACCGGGAUCAGGUCAAGUCAUGGAUGAAGGAUAUCAAGGAGCGCAUCAAGGACCGAAUGCUGGAAAUCCAGCCAACUGGAUUCAAGUACAUCGUGCUAGUACAGAUCAACGAGAAUCUGAAUCAAGGGGGUCGGGCAGACAUGGUGUCCCACUGGGAAGACGGGGAUGCGUGCAUACACGAGCUCUUCUACAAUGAUUCAAUCAUUUGCACGUGCAUCGCACUCGCGGUCCGAAGUUCGUCGUGACACGAACGGUAUUAUUGUAUUACAAUGCUAGCCAUGUACGAACAAGCAACAGACAAAACACGGCUGCGGGGCCGGGAAGAACGAGCGCUGGAAUAUAUUAUACGACACAAGGGGGAAGGGGGGAGGGAAGGAAUUGCUGCCGAAAUCUCGAGGGGGUGAAGAGGAAGAACUGAUAUCGCGAGAUCUCGUUAAGUUAGCAACUGGGUCACGGUUGCCUCCGGAAUCUGUAGAGGGUGCCACCUCGAGGCCGCGUGCCGGCGAAAGGGGCAUCGUCCUCGAGGC